GUCCUGCGCCCUCAUCGCGUGCCAUCUAGUCACGAUACUCAUAAUUAUUUCCGAGGGGGUGGUGUCGCGCUACGUCCACGCUGACUUUCUCAGAAUGACUUGGAGGGUGUGUGCGUGCCCUUACUUAAAACGCUGAGUGAAAGGACAUGUUGCGGCGAGCGCAGGAUGUUAGGAACGCGUAGACAGUGUCCGGGAAGCGGAAACUCGAAUAUUGCGGCGCGACGCCAGGAAGCUCGCGCUCUGACGUCCGCCCAAGCCAUGGACUUGAGCUGCCGCGCCAGAUCUCGAUGAUCCCGUAAGCAUCCUCGAGUGCCAUGCACCAAGUCGUAAUGUGGAGCGUCACGGCGGCUCAGCUGCUGGCCCUGAUUCUCAUCUCAUGUCUCAUCGUCAUAGGCGAAGGUUCCGAAGAUGAAGAGCGUUUAGUUCGAGAUCUCUUCAGAGGAUACAACAAGCUGAUACGCCCCGUUCAAAACAUGACUGAAAAAGUUGACGUCAGAUUUGGCCUAGCUUUCGUUCAGCUCAUUAACGUGAACGAAAAAAAUCAAAUCAUGAAGUCCAAUGUUUGGCUCCGACUGGUGUGGAACGACUAUCAGCUUCAGUGGGAUGAGGCUGAUUACGGAGGAAUUGCCGUACUCAGGUUACCCCCCGACAAAGUAUGGAAACCUGAUAUAGUUUUGUUUAAUAAUGCUGAUGGCAACUACGAAGUGAGAUACAAGUCUAAUGUGUUAAUUUACCCCAACGGCGAGGUGUUAUGGGUACCGCCCGCAAUUUAUCAGAGUUCUUGUACGAUAGACGUCACCUAUUUUCCGUUUGACCAACAGACUUGUAUCAUGAAGUUCGGAUCGUGGACUUUUAACGGUGAUCAAGUAUCGCUAGCUUUAUACAAUAACAAAAACUUCGUAGACUUGUCAGAUUACUGGAAGUCUGGAACGUGGGACAUCAUUGAAGUGCCCGCCUACCUCAAUAUAUAUGAGGGUAAUCACCCUACAGAAACUGAUAUCACAUUUUAUAUUAUCAUUCGCCGCAAGACUCUAUUUUAUACGGUCAAUUUAAUACUUCCUACGGUACUCAUCUCGUUCCUUUGCGUACUUGUAUUUUAUUUACCAGCAGAAGCCGGUGAAAAGGUGACGUUGGGUAUUAGUAUUUUACUAUCACUUGUAGUGUUUUUAUUACUCGUUUCGAAAAUCCUGCCACCGACUUCACUUGUGUUACCGCUCAUCGCGAAAUAUCUCCUCUUCACGUUUAUCAUGAACACCGUUAGUAUUCUCGUUACGGUAGUGAUAAUCAACUGGAAUUUCAGAGGGCCUAGAACGCAUAGGAUGCCUUCGUGGAUUCGUUCUGUGUUCCUGAAUUAUCUACCGGCGAUGUUGCUGAUGAAGCGACCACGAAAAACAAGAUUGCGAUGGAUGAUGGAAAUGCCCGGAAUGGGCAUGCCGCCCCACCCUUACGGUUCACCGGCAGAUAUUCCAAAACACAUAAGUUCAAUUGAAUCACAAAGCAAAGUCGAAGUAAUGGAGUUAUCCGACCUGCACCAUCCAAACUGUAAAAUUAAUCGAAAGCUAAACUCGGACCUGGGUGUAGGUGUAGGAUCUGAGAGUUGUAGAAGAGAAAGCGAAAGCUCAGAUUCUAUACUUCUAUCACCCGAAGCUUCCAAAGCAACGGAGGCCGUUGAGUUUAUCGCUGAACACUUACGCAACGAAGAUCUUUAUAUUCAAACCAGGGAAGAUUGGAAGUACGUGGCUAUGGUGAUAGACAGACUCCAAUUGUAUAUGUUCUUUAUCGUAACCACAGCUGGUACGGUGGGGAUCCUCAUGGACGCACCUCACAUCUUCGAAUAUGUAGAUCAAGACAGAAUCAUCGAAAUAUACCGCGGCAAAUAAACCUUGGCUUUCCCCAUCGCUGGCUAACAAAUCAUGUGGCUUCCAUGCGAGAACCGCACAAGGCCUACCGGUUUGGUGUUCGGUAAUAGUGACUGGGGCGGCGUACCAUUUUUUGGUCCGGCCCGUUUUUCUUUUUCAUUUUUUGAGACACUGCAGCGUCAGCGCUUGGUGAUUGUUAUAAACAAACGACGUACUACCGGAAAUGAUUUAUUUUCUUCCUUAUAUCGCCGAGUGACAAUCGUUAUGAUUCCGCGUGUGCUAGAUAACGGAAGGCCUGAAUAAAAAAAACGGUGUAUUAUCGAUAUCGUUUCGUUGUAGUGUAACGUUGGAUGACGGCCGACCGGCCGGUUCUUACGUACACUGAAAUCAGUUGUUAACGGUGGCAAAAGAUUCGUAUUGUUAAAGACCUGAAUCCGUAGUCAGCUCAAAUGCCAGAUUGUAAAGUCUCCCGGAGCCCUCACACACCGCUGGUCAGGGGUUCUCUCUGCCGGCGCGCGGCCGCGCAAAGGUUCCGCCUCGGCAGGAGGACCACCACGAGGUAACCAGUAGGCACCACACCCUUCGUCGAGGACAAUAGACCCGUGCGCGAGCUCCAGCGACAUCAGUCAAAUAUUAACACUGUCGUAUGUUUAGAUUAGAGUAGAAUGGAUGAGACUGGGCAGUGUUAUACUGUAAUGUACUGCGUAGCGUCGUGUCGGCGGCCUGAAAAAAAAACACGAAAACUCCUGCCGCCUCGGCGCCAGGUCCAGGUUCAUCCCUAUACUAGUUGCGCAGGCCCUCGACAGCAGACAGCCCGAUAGCCGUUGACACCAACUCGUUGUACAUACGAACAUGACUCUAAUCAAGCACCUUUUCUUUUCACACGUUGUAACAUCGUAUACGUUUAGUUACACUUUUUUUUUCCCACCGAGUCAAAGCUCGUUUGACAUAUAGGCCUAAUUUCCUGUUGAUCAUUUUUAUUUCUUUUUUAACUAAACGUAAAAAAAAUUGCUCAAACUCGGAUGUGUAUGCAAUCAUCAAUAUUCAAUAGAACCGUUUAAUAAAUGUUUAUAUAAAUAUGUACAGUAAUGUGAUUGAUCACUAUAGGCACGUCUUCGACUAUUUUUUUCAUUCAUUUCGGCUCAUUUUGUUUGAAAUUUCGAUCAAACAAUAUUAAAAUAUCACUAUUUCAUAAAUAAUUAGAGGUAAUAAUGAUUCUUUGGUCAAGUUCGAUGCAUGGAUGUGUAUAUUACUGAAUGGUCUUCCAAAGUUUUAAUAUUGUUUUUUGGAAUUUUCAUCCACGCAUUUGCGACACACUUUUUUACGAACUAUAUACGCAAUAACGGGUCAUAGCUGUACAUUAGUUAGCUACACGUGCUAAUAGUUAUCAGAUGUAAAAAUAACGUUGUUACUGAUAGUUACUAAUAUAGGAAUCUGUACCGUAUAGCACUGCCUGCCCGUGUUUCAGCACAUAAUCGCUUGGAACACUUAUUGACUAUUUAAUACAAUAAAUAAUCAUUUACCUGUUAUAAUGUUAAUGUACCAGACAGAUGCAUUUACAAUAAAAAUACGCAGAAUAAUUGUUAUUA